UGCAGCACACAUGCUCAUAAGCACACACACCAGAUCACAAUCUCAUCUCUUAUGCACUAAAAAUGCUCUGUUGGGAAUUGUGCUUAGCUCUACUGUUCACCGGCUUCCCAGCGUGGGCUCUGCCUUCAACUAACAUCAAGAUCACACAAGCACUGCCCAUGCAACUAUCAGACUCAAACCAGCCCGUGACAUGUCCACUCUUUUGGACUGAAUUUGAGGGUUACUGCUACCGUUUCUUCCCAUUGAACCGUACCUGGGCUGAAGCAGAUCUGUACUGUGCAGAGUUCUCCAAUGGCCACAAAUCAGCCAAGCUCACCUCCAUUCACCGCUGGGAAGAAAAUGUCUUUGUCUAUGAUCUCGUCAAUAGCCGUGUACCCGGAAUUCCAACAGAUAUUUGGAUUGGCCUUCAUGACAGAAGACAGGAGGGCACUAUGGAGUGGACAGAUGGGUCACCCUAUGAAUACAGUUAUUGGGAUGGAAACCAGCCAGAUGAUGGCAUCCAUCGCAUCCCCGUGGAGGAGGACUGUGUGGAAAUCUGGUACAGGCAAAACAGUGCGCUGAGGUCUUGGAAUGACAACAGUUGUGAUAAGGCUUUUCCAUUCAUCUUGACAAUGGGCUCUCUCCAACCUGUUAUAACUGCAGUCUGCACUUCUCCCCCAUCCACUUCAAUUUCCUGUUGCCAGCCCUUCAACAUCCACCCACCCCUGCUGUUGUCAUUGUGCCAAGUUUUCUCGUUCUUCUGGGGCUUCUGCAGAACACUCGAGAAAAAUAUAUAUUUUCCCCCCACCGGAGAUGCUAUUGAUUAUUCAUGUUGAUAUUCAAUAUUGGUGUUAAUGCUGUUGUUGUAAAUUACAUAUCAGUCCAUUCCCUUUUUAGCCAGACACCUGCACUUGGCUGGUUUGCACACCAAGAGUGAGUUGCACCAAGGGAGUUCUAGAGACUUCAGAUUGAACUAUGAGUAUGCAAAUUUUUUUUUUUUAAGGAAAUCUAAGCUCCCCGCUGUUUACCAAAUGCCUGAUAAUGCUGUGAGCACAUUAUUUACUUGUAUUCAAAUUGGGUAUGUUUGCCAGAGACCUCAGGAUUUGAAAAAGCUGAUAAUGCCCCACAGUCUGACUUAAUAUACAUUAUGUUGAAUUUAAUGUUUUUAUUUUAUUUUAAAGAGCAUCAUGUAUGCUUCAUUGGUAGCAAAGAAAACUGACUUUUCAUGCAAGAGUUCAUAUGGGCAAUGUCACCAAUCUGAAAGAUCAUAAAUAUUUCUCAUUAAUUUUACACCAUAACUGUUCUAUGUUUUAAGGUUUUAUAUGAUGGUCAUAUUUUUAACAAGUCUCACUCACAGACACUGAGAUACUGUUUGUAAUGAGUCCUGAGUUUAGCUUUAGCCCAUCAUCCAGAGUGCUUUCAAUGUUCAUAUGUGCACAUUGAUCUACUGACCCAAGAGGUGAGAUUCUGAAAGAGUAGGAAUUUAAGUCUUUGUUGACUGUAGAUCUUCAAAAGAAGAGAGGGCUUAACCUCAGCCUGGCAGAUCUUUUAUGCUUCUGUCUCCAGUUCAUGGACUGUGCCAAUUAGUGACUGAGAAAUCUCUGUUCCUUUGCACACAGCUCUGUCAGUAAACAACCUUGUGGACAACUUAAAAUGUAAGAACAUCAAUCCAAACUCUCUAUACUUACAGCAUGCCAUACAUGUGUAUCAUUCGUCUUGGACCAAGUUUUUUAGUUCAGCAGAGAGAGAUUUUUAAAUUGAUCAUAACCUCAGCUGGGGACCCUUAAUUGACUCUCCAGGAAGGAAUUUUGUAAGAAAUGGCUGUUUGCCCAUGACACAGUGCCUGAGUAUUCCUGUCAUAUAGCAUCCAUUUUUAAAUAUGUCAAGAAAAAUAUUCUAUUUUGUAGAUAUGGUCUCAUAUUCAAGUAAACAUGGUAGUUUUUAUCAUUAUGUGCCUGACACAGACCAAGGACUCAUGAGGACACAGGGUUAAGCUGCUCCCCUAUUGCUGAAGAGAGCAAUUAAGUGACUAAUCUCUCGGUCUUACAGUCCUCUGAGCAAACAUUUAUACACAAACAAGCCCUGAAUCAUUUUAGUGUUUUAAUUAGUGCAAUGCCAGGGUCAUCACUGUGGUUGUAAAAUGUUCAGGUUUAAACAGAUAUUUUCAAAUAACACAAUGCAGAUAUGACGAUAACCUCAGUAUUUUGUUGCAAGUUAAACUCUGUAUUCCAUUUCUUAACAUCAUCAUUUGCCAACAUAUGUGGUCCUAGAGAGCAUUUUCAAAAGUUUCCAUUUCUGGUGGAGAAAAAGCAAUUUGUUUCAAUCUGGAACAUAUUCAUUAAUUCAGGCUCAAUAAACAAGAAACAUUAACAUCUCUGCAAUGUCAACGGAGCUUUCACUGUUAGAAGAUGUAAAAUGUUUCAAUUGACACCUGUUUAUAUCAACCUUGCACUGUCCGUCUAAGAAAUCAUAUUAAAAGUCAAGCUAAGAUUAAAGGGUCAGGGUUAAACUUUUGUCAAAGACAUAGCCUGAAGGGUAGAGCACAUGGUCCGAUGUGUUGCACAGUGGUGCUUACGUACGUGUGAUCUGAGUUUGAAUCUGGCUUGGGUUAAGGAUCAGUGAGAGGUUGAAGUUUGGGAUAGGGUAAAGUUUUUGGUUCAAGUAAUAGUUUAAAUUUUGUAUUAAAACAUACAGUAUAUUUAAACUUACAGGAAUAGUUAAUCCAAAAAACAAUAAUUAUCUUAUCAUUUAAAGGAAAAAGGAAAGUUAGGCUACAUUUUGGUCUGCUCUCACCCAAGAACAAUCGUAUCACUUCAGAAGACAUGGAUUAAACCACUUUAUUCAUAUGGAUUACCUCUUUGCUGCCUUUAAGUCCUUUUUGGAACUUGGAAUUGUUGGUCCCCAUUGACUUGCAUUGUAUGGAUACAUUCACAUCAUAUUUGCAUGAUAUCUUCAUUUGUGUUCCGCAGAGGAAAGAAAGUCAAGUUUGAGACAGCAUAAAGGCGAGUAAAUGAUAAAAGAAUGAUAAUUUUUGGGUGAACUGUUCCUUUAAGCAUAAGACAGCUGUGAGCUCAUACAGCAUAUCUGACAGAAUUGUGUCAAAACAGUGACUGG